UCUUACUUUUUAGAAUUCAAAAUACACAAUUUAUCAGAAUAGUGGUUGUAUAAAGGGCUAGCUAGCAUGGAAGCUCUAUCAUUCUAUAGCAUUCAGAAGUACUCAAAGAUCUCUCUUUGGUAGAUCUACCACAGUUACCUUUUUUUCAGCAAACUCAUGGAUUAUCUGAAUGGAAAGGGAGGGAUUGUGGAAGCUCUAAACGCCAAAGUUUAUGGCAAUGGAACAGAAACUCUUGUUCUCUCUCACGGGUUUGGUGCAGACCAGACUGUAUGGCACUAUAUCCUCCCUUACCUUGCAUGCUACUUCAAGGUGGUGGUAUUCGACAUGGUAUUCUCAGCAAAUGUCAAUCCUCAGCUGUACAAUCCUCAUAGAUAUUCAAAAUUUGAUUCCUAUGCAGAAGACCUUAUUUGUCUUCUUGACCAGCUCAAUGUGACCAAGUCUAUCUACUUGGGUCACUCCAUGUCUGCCAUGAUUGGAUGCAUAGCUGCAACACAUAGGCCACACCUUUUUAAACACCUGAUCUUACUUGGCGGCUCUCCAAGGUACCUCAAUUCAAAAGGGUAUUUUGGGGGCUUGGACAGAUCAGAUGCUGAGAUGAUUUUCAAAUCGAUAAAGCAAGAUUACCCUGAAUGGGUGAAGGAUCUUUCUACAAAGGCUGUUGGGGUUAGUGAUACAGCCUCAAUUCAUGAAUUUGAGUACAGUUUGGGGAGAAUGAAACCCAAUAUUACACUCCAUGUUGCUAAAACUGUGUUCUUGAGUGACCUUAGAUGGGUGUUGAGACAUGUUAAGAUACCUUGCACCAUCAUCCAAUCUGAAAGGGACUUUGUUGUUCCAAUCUGGGUUGCAGAUUAUAUGAAAUGUAAGCUUGGUGAUGACACAAAGGUUGAGAUAUUGAAGACAGAAGGGCACCUUCCUCAGCUCACAGCUUAUCCUUUGCUUUUGAACGUAUUAAAGAGAGUACUUUAUAUUAAUUGAUUAACAUAAAGAGGGUAUUUAGAAAUCUCUCUUAUUUGUUCUUCUUUAUGAGUGCAUCAGUAGUAGAUUCACUGAAUUAGAUGAUCUUGGCUACAUUGAUUACCAAGGAUCUGUAAAGUGUGAUUCCCUCUUAUAAAAUACCCUCAAGAAAUGAUCUAAAGUGUUUUAUCUUUCUAUUGAUCGAUGCCUAUGUAAUGACUGCUUCCAAACGAUUGUUAUGGAGUAAAUAAAGGAAAAGUAUGACAAAAUAUUGCACCCUGAUGAUA